UUAACUUUACUCCUCUCUCCAUAGAUGCUGCCAGACCCACUGAGCUUCACCUGCAAUUUCUGUUUUGUUUGUUUCAGACCUCCAGCAUUCAGAAUUCUUUGUUUUGUAUAUAAUUUGUGGUGCUAGGUCACAGAUCUGCCAUGAUAUCACUGGAUGCAUUAUUAUUGUUGAUGAUCAGCCAGACUGUUUCUCUUAGCGAGACCGACCUGCAGCAGCGAAAAUAUCAAGAUAUGCAGGAUUGUUUUGCUACUCCAGUUACUUUGCCUGCCAGCAAACCCACUAGCCAGUAGGGUAACACAGGUUGGGUUUCUAGAGGUGUUGACAUUUUAUUUAUGAACAAAAGUAUUAUUCAGCAUCUGCAAAGCACUUUGGGAGUUGUUGUGGUCUCAAAAGACACAACAAAAGCACUGUUACCUGUGAGUCAGCAGGCCUGGGUUCAAGUCCCACCUAGUCCAGAGGUGAGUCAUAAAAUUUCUGAACAGGCUGAUGAGAAAAUAUCUAAAAAUAAUGUCAAGAGCACAUCCCUAUUUUGUUUGCAAGGUGGGUAGAGUGAAAACAUAUUAAUUAGUCCUGAUUCUCUAUUUCCACUUAGUACCACAGAGCACUUAGCAUCAUACACACGCGGGCUCUGACCACGUGGAGGGCAUCGAGAGAGCGCGGGAACGGCUCCAGUUUGUGAAUGGGGUCACGAUGAUGUAAUCAUCUGACGCCACAGAAGGGUGGAGCAGGGCGUGGGUCACGUGAGGGGCGGGGCGUGUCGCUAGGGGGUUGCGGCCCUUAGGAACGGGCCUGGGAAGCUAGAGGGAAGAGGUAGGUAGCCUCAAUAAACCUUCAUACUUAUAUGUACUCACAUUAUAUCAUUUUAAAUAAAAGAUCAGGAUGGCUGACAAGGAUUAUGAUAGCGCUGAGCAAAAGAUGGGGAAUGUCAGUGAAAACACACUGCUAACUAGUGGCAUCAGGAAGAAUCUCUACACAGAGGCGGAUUUAAGAGCAGAAUCCUGUAGUUUAGUUGAUGAAAGAACAGCAAACUCAGAUUUUGAGGAUUCCACGAUUGAUUUCAGUCACAAGCCCCCAAACUGUUUUGUGGCAUCAGAUUCAAGCAUCGACGCCCUGUGUGAGCGAACAAAACAGCUGGUUAACGAAAUAAACAAAAGUAGGAUAAAGGACCACAAGUUGAUGAGCAGCUUUAAAGACACUCUUAUUUUGAAGGUUUCAGAAUUCUCGAAGAAGAUCGAAGAAGGAUUGUUUGAAAUCUACAGUAGUGAGAACAAAUUGAUUGAGGACACACUGCAAGAGCUGUUGAACAUCCUCGAUAGGGUCAGAUGUUUAGAGUCCGAACUUAAACAGACCUGCACUGCCAUGGCAACAGUCUACAAGGACAUGUGUACUCAACCGGAAGUAUAAGUGGUACUUUACUACAUAACGGGCUCUAGAGAAUAACUAUUCACAUUUUUUCUUUACCUUUUCUUUAAAAGUGUUCAGUGUCGUAGGUAGAAAAUGCAAUUGCUUAUAGGUUUCUUGGUGGCCAGUUGGCUUUCUAUUAAGUAAUGGGUUUUUUUUUGCAAUCCAGUAAAGUUAUGCUUUAGAACACAACCUCUGCAAAACUCCAGGGCCCACCCAAUUUUUAACCCAUUCAAAACCCAUCCACUCGCUUGAGUUAAACUCAGGUCUCCCAUUGCCUGAAUCUACUACCUUUAUUUAAUUAGCACUCAGUGUGAAAUUGUACUGUAGUUUCUGCUUGGCAGAUUUUCUUAUAUUAACAAUUGUAAAAUAAAUUGUUUAAGAACUGCUUUGCAGGUUGUUACAUUUAAAAACAAAAUGGAGGUAGUUGCACUGUUGAUAUAACACUGUGUGCAGUGGAAUAGCUGACAUACAUUCAAAGCCACAAUUCUCUCUCAGCCUGGUUGCAAUCUAAACUAUGUUGUCAAGGAGUUGGACAUA